CUGGCAAUAGGCGGGCUUUAUUAUUACGCAAUGUUGGUUGGCGAAGCAAAACACGUGGGUUAGCACUAGGAAGGGACUGAAGGAGAAAUGUAGUUCCUUCUGCACGGGAAUGAAUUUUAGGAGCGCUAAUGUACUGACCUUUGGUGAAUGGGACUAUAUUAGGGAAAACGCUAGUAGGAAGUACCAGAAGGUUGCUAGUAAUCACUGGAUCUAGUUUAAUUAAUUAUCUAAAUGGUGCAGAUUGUUUCAAUGUCCCCACCCGUUGGCAAGGAGAAGAAACUUGAAUUUUUGCAAGUUUUGUAAAAAUGUGAUUGGAGAUGCUGGUGCGGUUGCAAAUGGAGUAAAGUUAAAUAAUUUAUUCAUAUCGAUAGUCUAAUAUCUUUGAAAUAUUGUUUUAUGUUUUGCAGCACUUCUGAUGAUAACAUCUGAGACGUAUUCUUUGUUGAUAGGUAGUACUGUUGUAAUAUCUCCAUAUUGUAAGUAAUGUUUCUGUUUUUGAAGCAAACACCCACUAGAGCUGGGUCGUACGUGCGCUCUUUAAACUUUGCACACUUUGGUAGUGAUACUUCUAAAGAGAUGUUACCUGGGCCGUUAAGUGUGUGGAUGUGGAGGAUAAGAACUGUGCUGCAGAGAGUUCUUUACUGGUACCAUUCUAAUGGAGCUAGUGAGUGGAAGAUGAUGUCUCUUUUGGCUGGUCAGUGUAGCUAUGUAACAGGGCAACGAUUACGCCGUGGACUUCAGAUAGGACAACUGUAUAAUAACAUUUAUUCUGAAAAAUCCAGAAAGAGUCUGUUCAUUAGUUUUUUACGCAGAUUUCAGAGUCGGCAUCUGAAAACCUUCAGACUGGUUGCAGCUAUUGCUGGAGUGUUUAUGUGGGAAGAAGAAAGGAUAAAAGAAGAAGAGCUACACCGCUGCACUGAAGAUAUCAAAAAUAUUCACAAACUUUUGCAAACUGACUCGCAGGAGAGAAAUGAAAGCAUUACUGUGUCAUGGGAUCAACAGUGGGAAAUUGUGAUGGAUAAGAAACGGUUCAAAUUGUGGCGUCAGCCAAUUGCUGGCACGCACCUUUAUCGAUACAGAGUUUUUGGGACCUACACAGACGUGACUCCUCGGCAGUUCUUUAAUGUCCAGUUGGAUACAGAGUACCGGAAGAAAUGGGAUUCACUGGUGAUCAAACUGGAAGUGAUUGACCGAGAUGAAGCUACUGGGUCAGAGGUCAUACACUGGGUCACAUAUUUUCCUUAUCCAAUGUUCUCCCGUGACUACGUGUAUGUUAGAAGAUACUAUGUGGAUCAAGAAAACAAUGUCAUGGUGUUGGUGUCACGAGCAGUAGAGCACCCAAAAGUGCCAGAGUCGUCAGAGUUUGUGAGGGUGAGGACUUAUCAGUCCCAGAUGGUCAUCAGGCCCCACUCGUCUUUUGAUGAGAAUGGAUUUGACUACUUGUUGACAUAUAGCGACAACCCACAGACUGUCUUUCCACGUUAUUGUGUCAGCUGGAUGGUAUCCAGUGGAAUGCCGGACUUCUUGGAAAAACUGCACAUGGCUGCACUCAAGGCAAAAAAAAUGGAAAUUAAAGUGAAGGAUUACAUGUCAUCCAGGAGCAAAGACCAUGCAGACCUGAAACCUACCCAGAACUCUGAGAGGGAUUCUGAUGCUAACUGCAGUCCCCAGCCAGUAGAGUAUGCGUAGACAUUAUUACUGUAUGUGUUGCUGUUCUCAGAAGGGCAAACUGCACAGACUCCAUUGAGAUAGGAGGAGUCAGGUCACCUGGAAGACUAUCUUUUUUUUAAAGAAAGAUCGUAUGAAUACUGAAACAGUUGGAAAAACUACUGCUUUUUAAAAGCAGGCCAGUCAGUGCGUAGAUGAAGGAAGAGAGGUUGUUUUACGUGGGAGCAGAAGAAAUGAAACAUUUGUUAGCGUCCUGUUUGUACCUCUCACGGCAGAUGUCCUCCUUGGUCAUGCAGUUCAGUUUUCUGUAACUUUCACAUACCUGAGAAAGGCAUGUCGCACCAGUCUCUGAAGCACUGCUCAGAAUUUUUAUCAAGACGUUUGAUAUACAUUUCUAUUAUAUGUUUGGCUGGGGAAAGAAGUAUAUCAGUAGGAAAGGUUUGUGUGGAUAUGUGUUAGUGAAAUUCCUUUCUGACAUCAACCCGUCUGAUUGUGGUUGUUUAGAGUGUUUAGGCUUGACUGUCUUGGAUUGUAUUCAGGUAACUCCAUUUUACAUUGCCUGAUACUACCAAUAAGUUAACCCAUGCUUGUAAGUUUUGCUGUGGUGCAUUAGCUGUUGAGGGCAUUGCCUGAGAUCCACUUGCUGUCAUUUGACAUACAGCUGCAGAAGGCAAGCACUUUGCUUCGACUUUUGUAGAGUUUGUAAAGGAAGCAAGCGGGUUGUGCAGGACUGUUGCAUUUUUCUUUUAUUCCUGAUGCACUGUGUUACUGUAAAAUGUCAUCCAUGACCAUAGGUACACCAAACUGUUUGCUUCCGUUACAGUAGUGACCAAGGUCACCUGAUGCUUUUGACCAAAGAAGAAAUAUCCUUUCCUUAACAUGCCAGUAUGUAGCAGCAGAAGUGACCAUUACGUGCUUCACUAGAAGUAAAAUAUGUAAGCCUGCCACCUUUCAAAGCUCCUCUGUUGGUUUGCAUUUAUUGACUGCAAAUAACAAGACUCCCUAAAGUAUGCAAUGCAUAAGCUUUGCUGUUUACUAUCUUUCCUUAACUUGCAGAGCAGAGAUGUACCAGCAGUAAAGUGUCAAUUGUGUGAUGUUAGAAUAGGGUCUAAUAAGGUCUAUAUUAAAACAAGUGUUACAAAUUGCAAACGCUCAGAUGAGCGAAAAUGCUGCAACUCGAAAACGUGUGCCCCCCACACCCCCCACUAAAUAUAUAUUCCAAUUCCGAGAUAGCACUACAGUAAAGAAAGGGCAAAUAUUCCAAUCUUCACUGUAUUGCGAUUUAAAAAAAAAAAAAGUUGAGUCAUUUUCGCUCAUCUAAGAGUUUGCACUUUGUAACAUUCGUUCUUUUAAUGUAGACCCGUUAGAAUAUACAGCUCACUGUGAUUACAGCCCUCAUUUUUGCUAGGGUUUAGAACCUGGUGUGAAAAUUUCUGUAGUUGCCCCACUGUUUUUAGUAGUUGAGCAGGCUCUUAAAACUCUGGCUUUAUUUAUAGUGCCAAGCUGUACACAUUUGCUCUUUCCUUACUCAGAAUAUACAGUUAUUUCAUUAAGUUAACUCUCUGAGAUUUUGAUAUGUAUAAUGGACCUUUGCCACUUUUUGUGUUCCUUGGUACUCCUUUAGUUAUAAAAAUGCAACUUUUUGUGUGACAGGCAUCUUACUGAAUGUAACUUGCAGAGCUGUAGCUGUUUACACCUCCAGGAAAUGUGGCAAAGUAGUGUAACCAUUAUGCCUUCCCAUUCAGCAGCACGUGACCAAGUUAGGAAUCCGGUAUUUAAUGAGACCGGAUACACUGCUUAUACAGAUGGUUAUUUAUGUUUUAAGAUGACUUGGUACUGGUUCUGUAAGCGUGUCAAAAAGGAAGUCCUUGUCACUGGGUUACAUUUUGGUGUAGUACUUGAAUUUGAUGUGUACCAUGUUCUGUCUAGAAAAAAAAUUGUAUACAAAGGGCUUUUACCCUAUUUGAGUGUUGUAUGCAGAAAGUAAUAGCAGUUUUAUAAAGCUUAAAUUUUUGUAUGGAUUUUUUUCCUUGCAGUAUUGUGUGAUUGUGCACUACUGGGACUGUCGAUGUAGAAUAAGUCUUGGUGCCAUGUGAUGUCUUAGUAUUCAGCUUGGUUAGUAAUGGAAGCCAUCUCGCUCUUUAUUCUUUUUCCAUUUUUUUUUCAGACUUUAAGAAGGAAUAAAAGAUGCAUAUCUGUGUUUGGGGUGUCUGCUUGCAAGCACACAUGUGCAUGUGUGUUUGUGGGAGUGGGGAUGCAUGACUUUCUGGCUGAAGAGCACUGUACUUUUGAACAUGUGCUAGAGGAAAAACUGAUUUCACUUGGCAGCUUCUUGGGUCAGAAUCUGCAUUUCUCAAUGAUUUUUGAGUCCAUCUAGUUUGUGUUUCCCUCUUCCCAGUCUUGUAGGUUUCGAGAGCUUAGUUGUUUCAUGGGCCCCACUUAGUCUGAGAUGUUAUUGACUCAGACUGCAAGACAUUUCAGAGAAUUAAUUUUAAAUAAGCUAUGAUGAUUUUGAGAUUUUUGUGGUAAUUUUUUAACUUAAAUUUUUAUAAUGCUUUGUAAUGUAGUUGUAUACAUACACACUGGAAUGUAGUCCCUCUGGUAUCAAUCAUGUCAGUUCUAAGCAGUCUGACCAGUUUCACUUUGAACAUCUUGGCUGACUGAAGUACCAUUCACUAAUUUCAGUACUCUGUAACUAUCUGCAUUUGUGUGGUAAUAUAAUUAAAUUCAGGUAUUUAAAACA